AAUUCCUUACGAGAUGAGAUGAUAUCCGCGCUUUCUUCAGCCUUUACAUCUUAUUCAAAACUCACCGAAGCAGUGACAGAAAACUAACCCGUCCAACUCUCAAUUUAUCCUCAAAGCCUAUGGCUUAUUACUCUCAGGCCCACAUUUGCCAGUGCCUGACUCGGUUAUCAACUGUGCGGCGAAAUUCCAUCGUCACAAUUGCCGGAGACCGGCAGAAAACUGGCCAGCAGUUCGUUGAAGACGUAUUGAGUUUGGCUCGCGGGUUGCUUGAACUUGGCCUCAAGAGCGGCGACAUUGUCGCAAUCUGUGCUUUUAACAGCGAUUGGUAUUUGGAGUGGUUACUGGCGGUUGCGUUUGUUGGUGCCAUAGUAGCUCCUCUAAAUUAUCGAUGGAGCUUUGAAGAGGCGAAAUCAGCGAUGUUGAGUGUGAGGCCAGUGCUGUUGGUGACUGAUAAGAGCUCUAAUUGUUGGUACUCGGAGCUCCAGAGUGAUGCUAUACCUUCCCUAAAGUGGCAUGGUUUCUUGGGCUCCUUUGAAGCAUCAAACAUAUUAACUACUGAAAUGCUUCGGAAGAAUGGCAUGAGCACUCUUCAAUUGGAUUACUCUUGGGCACCUGAGUGCGCUGUUUUGAUAUGCUUCACUUCAGGAACCACUGGAAGGCCGAAGGGCGUUGUCAUAAACCAUUCAGCUUUGAUAGUUCAAUCCUUAGCAAAAGUUGCCAUUGUUGGUUAUUGUGAGGAAGAUGUCUAUUUGCACACUACUCCACUAUGCCAUAUUGGUGGAUUGUCAUCAGCCAUGGCUACGCUAAUGGUUGGAGCUUGCCAUGUCUUGAUACCCAAGUUUGAAGCGACACUAGCGGCAGAAAGCAUAGAGCUACACCGUGUGACUUCUCUAAUCACUGUUCCUACAAUCCUGGGUGAUUUAAUCUCCUUAUCCAGGGCAAAGGAAACCUCGAAAGGGAGUCAAACCGUUGAGAAAAUAUUGAAUGGAGGUGGGAGUCUGUCAGUUGCGCUUACAAAUGAUGUCAGAAAGUUCUUCCCAAGAGCUAAGCUUCUUUCAGCUUAUGGAAUGACAGAGAGCUGUUCUUCUCUAACCUUCAUGACCCUCUAUAAUCCAACAACUGAAACCCCAAGUCAGCUGCUCUUCCAGACAUCUAGUAAAGUAAAGUCUGCUUCAGUUAACCAACCGCAAGGUGUAUGUGUUGGCAAGCCUGCGCCACACAUUGAACUAAAAGUAUGCACUGAUGGCUCUUUUCAAAUUGGGAGAAUUUUAACUAGAGGUCCACAUGUAAUGCUUCGAUAUUGGGACCAAAAUCCAUCGACGACACUAAACCAUACCAAUGAAGUUUGGCUUGACACGGGCGACAUCGGUUACAUAGAUGACUCCGGUAAUUUAUGGCUCAUUGGACGUACAAACAACCGUAUCAAGAGCGGCGGGGAGAAUGUUCACCCAGAAGAGGUGGAGUCAAUCUUGUUGCAACAUCCAGGAGUGGUUGCCGUCAUUGUUCUGGGAAUUCCAGAUGCUCGCCUGACAGAGAUGGUUGUUGCUUGCGUUAAAAUAAAAGAAGGCUGGCAAUGGUCCGACAACGAUUGUGAACCCCCUGCUGAAAACCAGCUAUUCUUAUGCAGUGAAAUUCUCCACGACUACUGCAGAGAAAAGAAUUUAUCCGGGUUUAAAAUACCAAAAAGAUUUGUUUUAUGGACGAAACCAUUUCCACUCACAACAACAGGAAAGAUAAGAAGAGAUCAAAUUCGAAGAGAAGUUGAUUCUCUUUUUCGGUUCUUGCCCUGUAGUCUUUGAGUUGGAGCAUUCAUCACCUUCAUAUGAAAAGGUUAAAAAGAUAAAAUAAAGUUCGAGGUUAUUGAUUUGUUUAAAUGAUAAAUUUUAAAACUCAUAAUCUUUUUUAUAUUAAUAGUAAGCAACCAUGUGUAGCAUAA